UUUAUAGUCUUACAAACAAAAAAGAAAACAUAGCCCUGCUGGAUCAGGCCCAAGGCCCAUCUAGUCCAGCAUCCAGAUGCCGCUGGAAGCCUACAGGCAGGAGUUGAGGGCAUGCCUUCCCUUCUGCUGUUACUCCCCUGAAACUGGUACUCAGAGGCAUCCUGCCUCUGAGGCUGGAGGUGGCCUAUAGCCUUCCGACUAGUAGCCGUUAUUCAACACUAUUGAAUAACAAUACCAAAUGCAUACAAAAUAAACUUUCAGCAGCAAAGCAUGAAUAUAACUAACAUAAACUAAAUUUUGGGUGAGAUUAAAAGCUUUCUGGAUCAGAAAGCUCCUCUAUUUAAAACAAGGAAAGAAAGGAGCCAGCAUAACCUCCUUGCAGAGGGAAUUCCAAAGGUAUGGCACCACCACUGAAAGAGGCCCGGUCUCUGGCAGCCGCCAACUGGAUUUCUGUUCACUGCAGACCAGAGAGCUUGGCCUCCAUGGUCCGUUUUAAGGGCCAAGCAGGUUCAUGUGGGGGUAGGCAGUCCUUAAGGUAACCUGGCUCCAGACUGCUUAAGGCUUUAAAAGCUACAGCCAACACUUUAAAAGUCUGGUGUACUGAUUGGCUGGAAAUUAACACUGCUGCAUCCUUCUGGAAGCCUUUAAUGUUUAAACCGUAGGGACAAAGAUUAUGGGAGCAUCUCCGCCUCCUGCCUGGAGCACCAUCCUACAACACACGAUCAAAACUGGAUCCCCGUUAGAAUGUGAUAUUGUUUUGGGUAUCUAUGGGUGCCAGACACAAAGUAUAACCAAGUUACCUUGCUUGGGGCUGCACAUCAUACAGGCAUCUUACCCUGACAACCAGAUCUGACACAGGAGAUCUGUGACUGUAUCUCCCAGCUCCCUACCCCUGCCUGCCCCCCUCCAAUUUCAAAGCAACUGCAGGGGGCUUCAUUUAUUAUCAGGAAGUAGAGACAUUUUGGAUUUGGCAGCAAGGGAAGCAUUGGUUAUUUUGGUGAGCUCAGUUUUAAUGGAGUUCAGCACACAGAAAGCAAAUUGGAAUUGGAAAAGAGAAUGUCAAGACAGCAGAGGCAUCUCAGCAGUGAGAAAUUACAAGAAAGCCCCGGAGAUGUGGGAGAAGCCAGAAGUGUCACCAUCUGAGGAUGAGAGGACAAACUUGCUCAACCAACUUCUCCACGAGAGGAUGCACAAAAAUAGCACAGAGAAAUCAAAAUCUCUUCUCCACAGGCUGAUUUUCUUUGCCAAGAUCUCCCCAGACCUGGCUGAUAAAAGAGAUUUAGCUGAAUAUUGGGAACAGCUGUUUAUGAGUCUGCAGCGCUACUACCAGGGUGAGGGGGUCACAGGCCUGCUGUUGCUGUACCCCACAUGCAUUGUCCACAUGUUGGAGUCAUCCAGUGAUGUGCUUUACUCUGUCCUGCGAGACUUGAGGGACAUGGAGCAGCAGCAGAGAGUCCUGGUUCUGGAUGCCAAGAUCCUUGUAAUGUCCCAUAAUCUCCCCUCCCGACUCUUCCAGCAGUGGAACUACAAGGUUCUGAAUAUGCCACAGAUGCACCUGGGAUAUGGUACAUCCCAUGAAGAGCCAGUGGAAGCUGUUAUCUCUGAGUGCCUCACAGCACUCCUGAAACUUGGUGUGCAUCUGUUGAAGUACCACAAGAGUCCCAAAAACCUCCCUGACACCACCCUGGAGAAGGCAACAGAUCUCAUUGUUCCACAAGAUACCAUCUUGUACUUGCUGGAGUGCCAGGAGUUGCUGAGCCCCACUCAGUACCUACAUCUUUAUGACAGCCCAAUGAACAUCCUUAUGGACUCAGGGCUUGUGUUUCGAAGUGACAAUCCAACCUCUGUUUAAGUUCCGCAUACACUGCAAAAGAGAGAGCGUGGCCUUUGCCGGAGUGGCUAAAACGACCUUUUGAAUGAGCUGCUGCUAUGUAAAGGGAACCUGCUUUCCAUGCGGGGAAAAGGAAGAAAUGUAUUUGCAACAUCUGGAAGACAAUGUUGGUAGAAAAACAUGUCUGAAUUCUUUUAAAUUGUAUGAUGAAAGGAAGUGAUGCUUAAACAACAAAUAAUAUAAAUUGCAUGCCUGUUUCUUCCAGAA